AUGGUAUCAGAGAAGGAGCUUCUUGAUUCGUAUCCUCAAACUUGUGCUCCUGGCUCUUUAUCGGGGACACCAGGGAAUCUGACAGAGCCGCAACAAAAAAGUUUGCAAGAAUUGAAGGAAGGUUUGGAAGCAGCUGGGUUUUCCCAGCGUUUGGACGAGUCGACGUUGUUACGGUUUUUAAGAGCCCGGAAAUUCGACGUAGCGGCCGCUAAACUUAUGUUCGAAAAUUGCGAAAAAUGGAGGAAGGAAUUCGGUGUCGACACCAUUUUUGAAGACUUCAAAUACGAGGAGAAACCUUUGGUAGCCAAGUUUUACCCACAAUACUACCACAAGACGGACAAAGAGGGCAGACCAUUGUAUUUUGAAGAAUUGGGGUCAGUCAAUUUGACCGAAAUGUACAAGAUCACGACACAAGAACGUAUGUUAAAGAAUUUGGUCUGGGAGUACGAGUCUUUUGUCAAAUACAGAUUACCUGCGUGUUCCAGGAAAGCGGGUCAUUUGGUCGAAACUUCGUGUACUGUUUUGGAUUUGAAAGGAAUUUCGAUUUCUGCUGCAGCUCAAGUUUUGAGCUAUGUCAGGGAGGCUUCUUACAUUGGUCAGAAUUACUACCCAGAACGUAUGGGUAAAUUUUACCUAAUCAAUGCGCCGUUUGGAUUCUCCACGGCGUUCCGACUUUUCAAACCUUUCCUAGAUCCCGUCACUGUGUCGAAGAUUUUCAUUCUAGGCUCCUCAUACCAGAAAGAGCUUCUCAAGCAAAUUCCAGCUGAGAAUUUGCCUGUCAAAUUCGGUGGUCAAUCUGAAGUCAGUGAAAAAGAAGGCGGUCUUUAUCUUUCCGAUGUAGGGCCUUGGAGAGACCCCAAGUACAUCGGUCCAGAAGGCGAAGCACCACAAGCCUUUAAACUUUAA